AGACGGGGCAGCCAGGAGGCCGGGCCCGAGUCCCCGCCCCGCUCGUCACGGACGCCGCCCUCAAGAUGGCGCCGGCCCGCCUCCCCUUCCCCGCCACACCUCUCGGGGCCGGCGGAAGCGGGGGGGCGUGGCGGCGGGAGCCGGGCGCCUCCUCGACGGGCUUCCGGGCGGGAGGCGGCGAUGGCUGCGGAGCGGGGGCUGCCGGCGGCGCUGCCGGGGCUGGAGGCCCAGAGGCGGCAGGUGGAGGGCGAGGGGCCCGAGCAGCCCGGGAGGGAGCGCCCGCUGCGCGCCGGAGAGAAGUGGUAUUUGCUGGAGAAUCAUUGGUACAAACAGUGGAGAGCAUACGUGGAAUCUGGAGAUCAAAACUCCAUCUCUUUCCCUGGACGGAUCAACAAUGCUGAGCUCUUUGAAGAUACAGAGUCGUACCGGUUGAAGGAUAGACUGGUGGAGCAUGAGGAAUACGUUCUGGUGCCAGAGGAGGUCUGGAACAAGCUGGUGACCUGGUAUGGCCUUGAGCAUGACCAGCCAGCCAUUGAACGCAAGGUGGUGGAUCUUUCCAGCAUGCAGAAAGUGGAGGUUUACCUGGUGGAACUUUACCUUUGCCAGCACAGUGACAUGGACAACCCUGUCACUGCCCAGUUUAGCCGAAUGGACGUUAUCGAAACGGUGCUGAAGGAAGCACGAUGCCAGUUUUCCGUUCCAGCAGAGGCUGAGACAAGGUUGUGGGUGAAAAACUCAGACGGCUCAUGUGAGCGGCUACGGAACUUGCAGAUGACGGUGCUGGAUGCCUGCCUCAGUUCAGGGCAGGUGGUGGUAAUGGAGACCAGGAGUAAGGACGGCACUUGGCCCAGCUCUAGACCACAUAUCAUGAAGAACUCCCUCGAGGACGAGGAACUCUAUCAGGGCCAGCCUGGCGUUUGCGGUCUCACCAACUUAGGCAACACCUGUUUCAUGAACUCUGCUUUGCAGUGUCUCAGCAAUGUGCCCCCUCUUACUGAGUAUUUCCUCAACAACCGCUACCUGGACGAGCUGAACUUCAACAACCCCCUGGGCAUGAAGGGUGAGAUUGCAGAGGCCUACGCUGACCUCAUCAAGCAGCAGUGGUCCGGCCACCACCGCUCCAUCGUGCCUCGCAUGUUCAAGACCAAAGUGGGCCAUUUUGCUUCCCAGUUCCUUGGCUACCAGCAGCACGACUCCCAGGAGCUGCUCUCCUUUCUGCUUGACGGGCUGCAUGAGGACCUCAACCGGGUCAAGAAGAAAGAGUACAUCGAGCUGAAGGAUGCAGCAGGGAGGCCAGACGAGGAAGUAGCGGAGGAAGCGUGGCGGAACCACAAGCGCCGCAACCACUCCAUCAUUGUUGACAUCUUCCACGGGCUCUUCAAGUCGACGCUGGUGUGCCCCGAAUGUGGCAAGGUUUCAGUGACCUUUGAUCCCUUCUGCUACCUCAGUGCUCCCCUGCCCAUCAGCAAGGACCGGGUGAUGGAGGUUUUCUUCGUGUCCAUGGACCCCAGCAAGAAACCCGAACAGCACAGACUGAUUGUCCCAAAGGCUGGGAAAGUGCUAGAUCUCUGCCACAGCCUCUCCAAGCAUACAGAGGUGCCUGCUGAGCGGAUGAUGGUGGCUGACGUGUUCAGUCACCGCUUCUACAAGAUCUACCAGAUGGAAGAAUCCCUCAGCUGCAUCCUGGACCGGGACGACAUCUUCAUAUACGAGGUGUCUGUGUCCACACUGGAGGAUCCGGCCACGGCAGAUGCAGUGGUGCUCCCCGUGUACCUCCGCGAGCGCACCCAGGGCCGCGACUACAGCAACACCUACUAUGGGGUGGUUCUCUUUGGUCACCCGCUCCUGGUGUCUGUGCCCCGGGACCAGCUCUCCUGGGACUCGCUCUAUCAGCUCUUGCUGCACCGGCUCUCCCGCUACGUGACACGACCAGACUCUGAGGAAGAGGAGGAUCCGAGUGAGGAGGAUGAGGAGGACCUCUACAACAAGAGGCCCAAUGGGCUGAGCGAAGGGGAGGACGAGGAGGAGGAGGAGACGACGGCAGAAGGCUCCACGAGCCAGGAGCCCAGCUCGGAGGCGGAGGAAAACCCCUUGGACGCCUCUGUGGGGGAGGAAGGGGCUGGCGUGGAGGGGAGGCCCAGCCCCAGCCCAGCUCCUCAGCGGCCCCCUCAGUCCCCCCAGACACCCUCUUCCAGCCCCAGCCCCCCGACGGCCAACCAGGCCAAACGCAAAUGCUGCCAGAAGCGCCGCAAGCUGCUCUUCACCCUCCAGGCCGUCAAUUCCAACGGGACCAGCGACCGGACGGCUGCCCAGGACGAGGGCAGCACCGUCUCCUUCAACUCCCAACCGUACAUUGCCAUGGACUGGGACUCCAACAUGAGGAAACGCUACUACAAUGAGGCGGAGGCGGAGGGCUACAUCAAGCACGACUGCAUGGACUUCACGCCAAGGAAGAAUCCAGUGAGGCUGCAGGAGUGCCUCGAACUCUUCACCACCGUGGAGACCCUGGAGGAGGAGAAUCCCUGGUACUGCCCCACCUGCAAGAAGCACCAGUUGGCCACCAAGAAGCUGGACUUGUGGUCGCUGCCAGAGAUCCUGAUCAUCCACCUCAAGCGCUUUUCCUACACCAAGUUCUCCAGGGAGAAGCUCGACACCCUGGUGGAGUUCCCUGUCCAGGAUCUCGAUUUCUCAGAGUUCGUCAUCAAGCCACAGAAAGACACUGACCCCACACUGUACAAAUAUGACCUCAUCGCCGUGUCGAACCACUACGGGGGUCUCCGAGAUGGGCACUACACGACUUUUGCCCGGAACAAAGACAGCGGAACGUGGUUCUACUUUGAUGACAGCAGUGUCUCUGCAGUUUCCAAAGUCCAGAUUGAGUCCAAAGCUGCCUAUGUGCUCUUCUACCAGCGCCAGGACAAAAUCCGGCACCCUGCAGGUUCCAGAGACCAGGACGGCGGCAGUGGCGGCGGGGCCUGCUGCGAGCCCCACCCCAGAGAGCAAGCCAGUAGGGACUUUAUGGAUGUGGACUGACCUUGACCCCCCUCCCUCCUCCAUCUGCAGCCGGGGAGGGCGGCUGCAUGCCCUGCCUCUUCCCUUCCUCAGGCUGAAGCCAGCAGUGGAUUCUCCAAGGGCAGCAGCUCUUUACUCAGGCUAUGGAAUAGGGGGGAGGGGGAAUGGAUCCCCUCUGCUGUGCCCCAAAGCACAGGGCCCUUUGCUUUGCACAUAGUUCCCCUGCUCUGAAGCGGCUGUUUUGGGGUGUGUGUGUGUGUGUGUGUGUCUCCUGCCCCCUUGACAGGGCCACUGUCUUGCACCAGCAUUUUUAUAAGAUGCGAAGGGGGAGGGGGGAAGUGUCCCUCCUCUCCAGCUCAAAUGGGGGAGGGGAUGUGUGCAUCGUUCGUGUGAUCCCUUGUGGGUGCUGCCCCCUCCCCUUUUACUCUCUAGCGUCAGGGGGAGUUGCCCUUAUUCUGCUGCUCCUGGUCUUAGGGCCUCUGUUCUAGAAAGCCCUGCAGGACUUUGCAAAGGUAUUCAAACCCCGCUGUGGUUCUGCAGCCGGUUGGGACACUUCCCCCACCCCAAAAAACCCCUCCCAUUGGUCACUGGCUGGAUAAAGAGACCCUUGUUUUCUCCCCCCUCACCUCCCAAGUGCCUCCUCUUCCCCUCAACGAGAGCAAUAAUUCCAGCCAUUGCCCCACCGCCGUCUUCCUCUCACAGCCAACGGCUCUCCUUGACCUGCAUUUCAUGGACCUCCUUCUCUGACAGCCGGCUGCUUCCAAAGCCCCUCUCUAGCUACAGGGGUGGUGGUCGAGCUGCUGAGCUGAGGUGCCGCUUGAGAGUUUAGCAGCAAAGCCUGUGGCAAGGCCACGGAGGGGUUUGGGCCUGCACCAUGUCACAGCUGCUGCUGCUGCUGCCACCACACACCCACCCUGGCAGAGGAGGAGUGUCUCCAACACCCGCCGCCACCAGCACUGAAUGCCCCCUUCCUUCUCUGCCCGGGCACCUCGGGUGUUGCGCCUGCCCUGGGCGCACAGAAGUGCAUGGAAGUUCUCUCCCCUCUGCCGAGUGUCUCUGGUGCCACUGCUGCUGCUUCCAGGCUCAGGGAUUGCACUGGCUUGUAAAUAGGUUUCUGUGUGCAAUGUUUGGGGAGAGCAGGGACAGGACACCCGCGGAGGCAGGGUUGGCCUGCAGAAGCACAUCGGGUAUUUUCUUAAGGAGUUUGGGAAGAAUAUUCCUUCACUUGACUCUGGGGGCUUCUUUCUUUUCUUUUGAAGGUGUGUUUUUCCCCCAGAAGAAAAUAUUUUUGGCAUGUGGCAAAACUUGUACAUAAAGUAACUUCUUUCAAAUGGCA